GCCCCGUUUCCUCGUACAGACCCAUGCACCCUAGCUGCUGCCAGUAGUCACUUAUAAGGAAGAACCAUUUGUCCGAGCUAAUUAUACUCUGCGGCCAGUGUCUCCAGCCUGCCGGCUAUAUUUAUCUACAUGACUUCUAGGGUGAUCAGAGACCGCUGGGCGCUCAGCCCCUUAUCGCUGUAUUAUUCCUCCAAGUCUGUGACAGCGGUCACCUGCACUGCACUCCACCACUCCGGGGUUUCUGCCUUCACUCGGGCUGCGCACCCCGCACCUCAGCCCCUGUUGCCCAAAGCAGUGCAGCCGUCGCGGAGGAGCGUCCCUAGUCUCCAUAGCCUUCCAACGGGCUUCUCCUCGCCUGUCACCGCCACCCGCCCGUACUGUAACAGCAGGAUUACCCCCAGGGCAGGUGCUCUGCUCCCCCAGUCUGCGCUGCUGCGUCCGUACUGUGCCGCUCAGCACUGCUUCAUAUCAAGGCCAUUGACUAUUUCAGCUUGCACCAUGGCAGCCAGUGGGAAGAUUGACCUGAACUCUCCCUCCAUCAGCUGGAAGGAGGCCAAAAAUUACCUAAAGGGCCUCAACAACAAGCAGAGGCGGGAGCAUUACGCUGUUAAAGAUUUCAUCAAAUUGAAGGAUAUUCCAACAUGGAAAGAUACUGCAAAAAAGACACAUGCCAAGCAACCUGAAGAGGUCAAGUUCCCAAAGAACAAGGAUCUGAAUGAGAAAAUCUCAAUUUUCAGAGGUGACAUCACUAAACUGGAGGUAGAUGCCAUUGUCAAUGCAGGAACCUACACACCCCUUUAAAGUCGGAGACAGAGUCGUGGUGAAGGUGCUCCCCAGGAACAAGAGCCCAGGAGACUUCACCUAUGGUCCAGAGACAGAGGUCGUAGCAGCUACCCGAACAGCAGUCCUGACAGAGGAAAGUCCUACCUGGAUCCAUGCAUCCCGAGUAAAAAAGGUUCCUAGACCAGACCUAGAGAGGGAAGCAAGUGAUUCCAGUGAGGUACGAACCGGGGCAGACAGCCCUGACCUCCCACCUAGCGAAGACAGAAGAACAGAAAACGAUGAAGAACCUGCCCCCUAUCUCUAUCCUGGGGACUAUCUCGAUAGCCCUACUGGCCCUCAUUCACCUCACAAUAUGUGAAGUCAGCAUCACACAAACAGAUGGGGUCCCCACCUUGUGGUACAAUUCCUCUAACACACACGUAGCCACAUAUAUCCUUGACUAUUUUAUGUUCCCCAAAAUUGCUGAUGACAAAUAUUAUAUACAACAAAGGAGGAAAUCAGGAAUGUCUGAGACAAUGUACAUUUGUGUCACUGAUGAAUGGUGGAUGAAAAUAUCCUAUCAUGGAUCCAACUGUGAUUACUGGGAAUCUGUGGGGUGGAAUACAGGAGCAGAUUGGAAAUAUGGCCCAUCAUUUGCAAAAAAUAGAUGGAGCAAAUAUGGAGUACCCCUACUUUCUAGACUAUCCAUUCAUAAGAUGGAUGAAGGCCCAAAUUCAUACAGGUUUAGACUAAACAUAGUGAACCCUAGCAGAAGCGACAAUGAGACUUAUGUACUUGGUAUAUGGUGGCAAGCAGGGUACUAUAGUGCAAGACAAAGGUUUUAUUUAUGGGAUAUGUACAAAAACCCAAAAUACCAGCCUAAAAUUGCUCCCCAAAACAAACCUUUAAAGCCCCAUAUUGCCACUUCUAAAGAUAUGGUGGCUAUUACUAACCCUACCUUUGAAGACACCCUAGCUAUUGAAACUGGUUUCUCUGACAUUAAUUUUUGGUUGGAAUGGAUGAAGUAUAGUGCUAACAAACACAAUAAAAGCAACUGUUAUGUCUGUGGCAAAUCUAGGCCCCACCUAGGUACAGUGCCCCUUAAUAUACCCCUAGAACAGGAAAAUUGUUUUUUCAGCCUUUUUAAUGACACCAAAACAAAUGACAGUCAGUGCGAAAUGUGGAAAAGGGAAUAUCCCAUAUUGUCAAAAAAUCCCAACCCAGGAAAUACCAUAACCAUAUAUCCUGGAAACUAUACCUGUUAUACAUCUAACAUCACCCCAGGGAGAAAUUUAAAAACCUUCCCACCAGGGUAUUGUGCAAAUAAAAGAACAACUGUUUUAGUCAACCAAACUAGAUCACUAGGCGACAUUUAUUAUAUAUGUGGGGAUAUGAAGCUUAGAACUAAAUUAGACACACCAUGGUAUGGUGAGUGUGCCCUGGCCAAAGUCAUAAUGCCACUCCUAAUGAUCACCGAUGACCCCAAUCCUCCCUCUAAUACUCCUGCUAAUCGAAAGAAAAGAGCACUCCCAGGAGGUAGC